AAUUUAUGAUGUCAUAGAAAUUAUGAAAUUAUUGUUUUUUAGAAAAAAAAUCAUAAAAUAAUUUCAUUUAAGAUAGCUUAGAGUAAAGUAGUAUAUAAACUUUUGUUACUUUCAAAAAUUGUACAUUAUAUUACUUCAAAGUUAUCAAACAACAUCUCAAAUAUAUUAAUCUAUAUAUUGUGCUCAACUAAAGAAAAAUGUUAAGUUUGAUAUAUAUAUUCACGAUUUUGGUUUUUAAUCAGUCACUGUACGUUUUAAUUAACGCUCAGCAGGACUUAAAUGUAAAACCUAGUGGUUGGAAUAAACCUACAAAUCAACUCCCAUCGAAAAAUGACCAUCUAACCAUCGACAAUUAUUCACAUCAGAAUGCACCUUUCAGCUCAUAUUACAAUUAUAACCAACUAAAUGCAGUUCCUAUUCUUAAUUCUUACUAUGAAUCAAUCAUUCCCAAGACAAUACAGCCGGGUAAAAGUAAUUCGUACUUAAACAACAAAUCUAAUUGGGAAGAUAUAAGAGAAGGAAGAUCUGACCCAAUUAAACCACCUGUUGAAUUACAUCAUGGAUAUCGUUAUAUUACACCCGCAAUUUCUUUUCCAAAUAUAGCACAUUUGAAAAAUGUUCUUUAUAAUGACUUAGGAUUAGAAAAAAAUCCUAAUAAUUUUCCCAGUUCUCCACACGGUUUUGAGGUGCGACAAACAGAAAAGGAAAUUCAAAACAAAAUAUAUUUCGGAACACAAACACCAAGUAGUGAAACCAAAAUUUUAACCCAUCAAACUAAUUUAAGGGACCAUAAAAAUAAUCAAAACACUACAAUUUUAAGACCUGUUAAAAAUGUCACUUUUACUUUGCACUACAAUCAACCAAAUAUGUUCGACUACAAGCAAUUUACUCAUGAAAACAAUAAAAAUCAAUCUACUAAUGAAACAUCAUCUAAAUAUAUCGAAGAUCAUAACUCGACAUUUAAUAUUAAAACCGUACCAAGUGCUCAACUAAUCGAACAUAUGAAAGCCGAAAAUAAAACACCAGAAACUAACUUUUAUUCCAAUAAUUCAAGUCAAGAAAAUAUUGCAUCAUAUUUUUCUAAAUAUAGUGUCAUGCAAGGGGGAGUCGAAGCAACCACAGAUUCAACAAAUGUUCAAACUAGUCAAAAUGAAUUAACUUUAAACAUUACACCAAGUAAAGAACUCUUUGAACAUGUACAACCAGGAAAAGUUUUUGAUGAUAUAGUACCUUCUCAUGUCAGUGAAGUAAAUAAUAAUAAGAUUUUCAAAUAUGAUUCUUUUAAAAAACCUUCCGCAAAUGAGUUUUUUAGUAAUAAGCAAACUUUUGAAACUCCCUCUUUAAUACCUGCAAUCACGUCUUUUUCUGGUCUUUCGAUCAAGAAGCCGGAUAUACAAACAAUGCACAUUGAUGGAGCUCUUGCUCAAGAAGGUGGUAAUAAUCCAAUUCACUUAUCAGAAUAUGAGCAACACUUGGCUAAUUCACAAAAGCAUCACAUUCCAAAACAAAACCUACCUGAUUUCAGUGGAUUAAGAAAUGAACAAUCAUUACAUAAUAUAUCUCAACAACCAGCUUUUGUUCAAGAAAGUAGUAACAAUUCAAUUCACUUAUCAGAAUAUCAGCAACACUUCGCUAAUUCGCAAAAGCAACACGUAUCAAUACAAAGUUUACCUCAUACCAAUGGAUUAUCAAUAGAGCAAUCAUCUCCAAAACCAGCAAAUCGAUAUACUCCACUAGACAAAUAUCCAUCUGGAGUAAAUCAACAGUAUACCUUCAUAAAUACCGGACUUUCAUCUAAUGUUCAAAACAACGACUUACAUUUUCAACAAUUAGGAACUCCAUUCAUACAACAUCAACAAAACGAAUUUUUUUCUUUAGAUAAAAAUUUUUCCAAACCACCAAAUCAAUAUACAUCACUUGAUAAAUAUCAAUCUGGAGAACAAUCCGGUGUUUCAUCUAAUACUAAAAAUAACUUAAAUUUUCAGCAUUUAGGAAAUUUAUUCAUACAAAAUCAAAUAAACAAAGAUUUGUCGUUACAUUCUACCACCGAUUCAAAGAGACAAAAUCAAAUAAUAUUUCCUACUAAUAUCCUACUAAUCGCUCCAACUAAUUUCGUAACAAGAGUACCAACAUAUUCAAGUUUAAAAACACAUGAUGCCGAUAAUUUAAACAUUCAAAAAGAGUAUCCCACUUACAAUCACCAUACUCCCUCAUUCAAUAUUCAAGAACAAAAUAAUACUUUAAAAAUAAGUGGUGGUAAUGAUAUAAAUCCAGUUUACCCAGUUUCGCAUUUACAACCAAACAAAAUAGUCAAUCAAAAUAUGACAGAUACGAAUCGGUUGCCUCAUCUUUACUCAUUUAUUGCGGAGCAAAGACCAUCCGUUGCAUUUAAUAAUGAAUAUAUAAAUCCUAGAACUGCUAAUUAUCAAACGGAAAGUACUAACUACACACCAUCAAAGGCACAAAUAGUACUCAAUACUGCAAAUAAAUAUAAUCCAGCACAACAAAAUGUUCAACCAAAAACACAAAUAGUGUUUCCUACAAUGGCAAAUAAAAAAAUACGAUCGCCUCAUUUGGUAUAUGGAUCUCCAUUUUAAUCCUUUCACUAGUGCGCGAAUGAAGUAACUAUUUAAUUUUCUAUUUAUGAUUCGAUCAAUAUAUAAGUAUAUAUUUUCUAUAUAUAAUUUGACACUAAAAUAUUUAUUUAUAUUGCACAAUUUUUUUUAUUUUAUUUCCAUUUUUUUAUAUGUUUAUAUUUUUUGACAUACCUUUUUAUGGUUAAAGAGUAUUGGUUAUAUUAAAAGUUUGUCGAAAAUGCAUAUAUUUAUUAUGAUUUAACUAGGCCAGAUAUGUGUAUAUAAUUAUUUUUUCUGAAUAAAAGCUACUGUUUUCUUAGGAUGAGUAACAGAGGUUAAAAUUUACAAAUUAUUUUACUCUAUUUUUUAUCAAUGGUUGACUUUUUUCGCUUUUCGAAGAUUAAACAAGUAAUUAAUCAGAUUUUUUACGCGCCAACAUUUUCUUUCAAUACAUA